AUGCACCACAUAACCCCUGUCGAUAUUUGGGAUUGUCUCUUCGAAAGGAAAACACCCUUCCCAGAUGACCACACCAUCUUCAAAUCACCUUCGGGCGAAAUCCGGACCUACUGCGAUAUUCGAUCUCAAGCCCUGAGUUUUGGCGCCAAUCUCCAAAGUCAGUGGGGAUGGCAAAAAGGCGAUGUUCUCUUACUCUUUACGCCAAAUUCCAUCGAUGUCCCCGCCUUAUUUUGGGGUUGCCAUUGGGCCGGAGGGAUAGUCUCCCCGACCAACCCGACAUACACUGCUGAUGAAUUGAAAUACCAACUCAUUGACAGUGGUGCAAAGGCACUGAUUGUACACACCUUGCUCUUAGACACUGCAAUCGCAGCUGCAAAGCGUGUGGACUUUCCUGUUGCUCACAUGUUGGUUGUUGGCCCCGAUUCUCCAGAAGCAGAGCUGCAAAAUGUCGAAUCUAUGUUAGCAGGUGGAGCGACUGGAGCAACACGCCCGACGAUAGACCCAGCCGUCGAUAUGGCAUUCUUGAUAUACUCUUCCGGGACCACUGGACGGCCCAAGGGGGCAAGAAUUACCCAUACCAAUAUUGUGGCGAACAUAGUCCUGCAGGGACAAGUAGAUGGUGAACACAUAAACUGGAGAAAGGAUCGGUUCCUCACAAUCUUGCCAACAUAUCACAUCUUCGUACAUUUCCCUCUUUUUAUGGGAAUAGAGACAACAAUACUGGAGAAGUUCUCCGUCAAAACAUUUUUACACAGCGUCCAAAAUGAAUCAAUCACCCACGUUUACGCUGUCCCGCCCAUUGUUCUAUACCUUGCCAGAGACCCCGCAAUGACGCGCGAACAACUAUCAUCGUUGAGAAUGGUAACAUCAGCCGCUGCAUCACUGGCACCGGAUCUGAUUCGUACUGUGUACGAUCGUCUGAAGGUUCCGGUCCGCCAGGGAUUUGGAUUGACCGAGUCGACGGGUGUCUCCCACGUUCAGAGAUGGGACCGAUGGGAUCAAGCAAUAGGGUCGACGGGUCCUCCAUUUCCCCAAAUUGAGGUGAAGUUCAUUGACGAACAAGGAAACCCAGUGAGUAAAGGCGAAGGCGAACUGUGUAUGCGAGGACCGACCAUCUUCCGAGGCUAUCACAACAACGACGAAGCCACUGCGCGGUCUAUCACACCGGAUGGGUGGUUCAAAACCGGUGAUAUCGGAUUGCAAGAUGAGGAUGGAAACCUGUUCAUAAUGGAUCGGUCAAAGGACCUCAUUAAAUACAAGGGCUUCCAGAUUUCCCCGGCGGAGAUAGAGAGCGUGCUUCAUGGACAUCCGCUUGUCCAUGAUGUCGCUGUGAUUGGACUUGCUGACCAAAAGAUUGCGUCCGAGAUACCGGUUGCUUAUGUGGUUAUUGGGGAGACGAGAAAAUCAACGGAGCAGGUCGCAGAAGAGCUGGUGGCCUAUGUAAGUGGGAAACUGGCACCUCAUAAGAGGCUUCGCGGUAAAAUCAUCCCGAUCAAUGAGAUUCCUAAGAGUGCCUCUGGCAAGAUUCAGAAGCGGGUCUUGAGAACUAGGGCUGAAGGAGUCGAUCAAGGGAAGGCCAUUGGCGCCACAGUCUAUGACGAUCGUUCUUCCAAACUGUAG